GGUUUUUGAAACAAGUAUAAAUACCUCCUCCUGCCCAAGCUGCUGAUUGUGUGACAUGAUAUAUGUGUGUCACCCAACUUCGCCUGAUUGACAUAGCAAGUUAAAACUGCAAGCCUAUUUGUGAAACUCUUUGAAAUGCUGGAUUUUCACGUCCUUGUUCAGGAAGUAUUCGUGAAUUGACAUGGGUCAACAUACUUCUCGUUACGAGGCAAAAAUUUCUUUGCUAUUGGCAUAGACUGGAAGUCGAAGGUAGAAGGGAAACAGAUAUCAGAGAGAAGGGGAAGAAGAGAAAAGCUGCUAACUGAGCUGAUUAUCAAGUGAUCUGACAUUCACCAAAGACACGAACAAAAAUCUUCUUUGCAUACAUGAAUCCUUUAGUGAUCCCUUGAUCCGAUACUCCCACCUUGGGGGAAGUGGGCACCAUGAAGCAGAAAUUGAUGUCAUCAAUUCAAAUUAUAUUGUUGCUUCCUCUUACUGCAAUGGGACUGACUGUAUUAAUUUAAUGAUAAAGUGGUGGUGAUGAUGAAAGGCAUUCACUCCGUCCCUGCACUCACUCCGUCCUUGUCACCUUCUUGGGAAUUAGCAUCAUUUGAAUAGUAACACAAUUAGAGAUAUGGUAUGGAACUUUAAUGAAGUAAAGGUCAAUCAUAUCCUGGAAAACCUAAGAUAAUAAGAUGUCGUUCUCUAGAAAAGGAAACCUUUUCUUGUUGGUGGAAGCCUGGUUCAGAUGGAGGACUUCCUACCAAUUACACCCUGUUCUACAGCAAGGACAGGUAAAAAGCGAUGAAUAAUGAAGAAAAGAUCUAUGAAUGUCCAGACUACAGAACGUCUGGUCCCAAUUCCUGCUACUUCAAUAAAAACCACACUAAUCCAUGGACAACAUAUAAUAUCACUGUAACAGCAACGAAUGAGAUUGGAAGUAACAGCUCGGAUCCUCAGUAUGUGGAUGUGACCUCAAUAGUUCAGCCAGGUUCUCCUGUGAAUCUCACUCUAGAAGCAAAAACAUCUGCUAGUAUAACGUACCUUUGGGCAAAAUGGUCUCCACCUCCAUUAGCUGAUGCCAGCUCUAAUUCACAUGUAUAUCACUAUGAACUACGACUGAAACCUGAGGAAAAGGAAGAGUGGCAAGAGACAAUACCUGUUGGAAUGCAGACACAAUAUAAAGUAAGCAGGUUAAAUCCUGGGAUGAGGUACGUUGUUCAGGUCCGUUGCAUGUUAGACCUUGGAGAAUGGAGUGAAUGGAGCUCUGAAAAAAGCAUUCAGAUCCCCAGUGAAGAGUUACCUCCUGAAAAGCCUACAAUAAUAAAAUGCCGUUCUCCAGAAAAAGAAACAUUUACCUGUUGGUGGAAACCUGGUUCAGAUGGAGGACGUCCUACCAACUACACUUUACUUUACAGCAAAGAAGGAGAAGAACAAGUUUAUGAAUGUCCAGAUUACAGAACUGCAGGCCCUAAUUCCUGCUACUUUGAUAAAAAACACACCUCUUUCUGGACCAUAUACAAUAUUACUGUCAGGGCAACUAAUGAAAUAGGAAGUAACAGCUCUGAUCCUCAUUAUGUGGAUGUGACUUACAUAGUCCAGCCUGAUCCUCCUGUGAAUGUAACUCUAGAAUUAAAAAAGCCAAUGAAUAGAAAACCAUACUUGGUCUUGACAUGGUCUCCACCCCCACUGGCUGAUGUCAGAUCUGGAUGGCUUACCCUUGAAUACGAGUUGCGACUAAAGCCUGAAGAAGGAGAGGAAUGGGAGACUAUUUUUGUUGGACAGCAAACACAAUAUAAAAUGUUUAGUUUAAAUCCAGGAAAGAAGUACAUUGUACAGAUUCACUGCAAACCAGAUCACCAUGGAUCAUGGAGUGAAUGGAGCUCAGAAAAGUAUAUUCAGAUCCCUAAUGAUUUCAGAGUAAAAGAUAUGAUUGUGUGGAUCAUCGUGGGUGUCUUGUCAUCUCUUAUAUGUUUAAUCAUGAGCUGGACAAUGGUUUUAAAAGGGUACAGAAUGAUAGCCUUUAUCCUACCACCAGUUCCAGGACCAAAAAUAAAAGGCAUCGAUACACAUCUGUUAGAGACAGGGAAAUCUGAAGAAUUAUUGAGUGCUCUUGGUUGCCAUGGUUUUCCUCCAACAUCAGACUGUGAGGAACUACUGAUAGAAUACCUAGAGGUAGAGGACAGCGAGGAUCAGCAACUCAUGCCAAGUCACAGCAAUGGUAACCCAAGUAAAAAAGGAAAAACAACACCCAAGGAAACAGACAGUGACUCAGGACGAGGAAGCUGUGAUAGCCCUUCUCUGCUUUCUGAAAAGUGCAGGGAGUCCCAUGCCCUUCCAUCAAUGCUUCAAACACAAGAUGUAAGAGAUGUUCAAGAAAAUAAAGCUGUGAAAAGGAGCUGGGAAACUCAGUGUGUAGCCUCAGAACGGAAAACACUCCUUUCUAACAGUGAGAGCACAAAAUCAUCCACGUGGCCUGCAGCUCAAUUACCUGAUAAUCAACCUCCUAUGUUUGCCUACCACAGCACUGUAGAUGCACGUAAAAUAACACUGAUUACCACAAAUGUGAAUGUUGCCCCAGUUUUAGUGAAAAAUGAAGAAAAGCAUCAGUCACGAUAUUCUGUUACUGAAACAGUCCCUGGAGACAUGGAAGAACAAGGAGAGAUGGAGAAUUUGCAUUCCAAAACUGAGCAAACUGCAGUGCAGGUCAAACAAAACAGACCUAAUGAAAAGUCACCUUUUUUGAAUGGUACACUAAUGGACUAUGUAGAAGUCCACAAAGUCAAGCAGGAUGAGGAGCCAGCAGUAUUACUGAAACAUAAAGAAAAUAGUGGGAAGACUGAAAAUUACACUAUUCCAGGAACCAGCAAAGAAUAUACAAAGGUCUCAACUGUUGUGGACCAUAAUAUUCUAGUAUUAAUGCCAGAUUCACGAGUCCAGCACACCCCUAUGUCUCAAGAACCUGCAAAGGAAACAUCUCAGAACCUUCAGCAAGGUCAAGCUGAGAAAAACAUGAGCUACUGUCUGACAGCUCCAAGUGACUGCAAAAGAGAGACUAGUGGAUCAGAGUAUAUGGACCCAUCCUCCUUUAUGCCCUCUUUUAAAUAACUAAAAGUUUGAUCAUUCUUCAUCAGGUAAUGCUACAGAAUGAGUCAAAUACAAUCAGUAUAAUAAUGCUGUGGUUUAAGAUUAUGCUACUAUGUCACAAUUGUAGCUUACACCAUUUUCUAGCUGACAAGUCUGUGAUUUACAUAUCAAUUUUGUUAAUAGUUAUGUACAGUAAAAUAAAACCACACAGCAAAUAGUUCCCUAAAUACAAACAAAACAAAAAAACUAACAACAACAACAAAAAAUAGCCUCCUUUGUGUAUUAUACAGAGAAUAAAAUAAACUGUGGUUUGAUAUAACAAUCAUAGAAGUAAACCCUGGAUCGUUAACACAUUUCUCAGAGAGCGAAAUGAGGAAAUGGAUACUAUGUGCCAUGAAAAAUACAUUGCAAACUAAUUCUUCAAUUCUGCAGAUCUUCUGUUAUUUGAUUCAACCUAAGGGAAUACUGCAGUUUCAACAAAGACUAAGAAUGUUAUGGGUCAGUACACCACAAUUGUCUGAGCAGUUUCUAAAUCAGAUAAAUCAUUACACAAUGACAUUCUGAUCGACAACAUAUUUUUUUCUGAGUGUAUUCUGACAGUAGAUUAAGAUUUCUCUAUACUUUUUCUCAACCCUUAAGAAAAUUAAGCUCUUAUAUAUGGAAAAAAACAUAUAUAAAAGAGAAUAUAUUCAACUAAUUACAGUAAAAAAAUCCUCUAAAUAUAUCUUCCUUUGUUUCAAUAUGACAGAAAACUCUGCAUCCCAUUCAUAGCCUAUUCCAGUCAAAUCAAACAUGAAAAAAAAUCGGAGGACACUAUUUGAUAUACUGCCUUACUGUACAUAAUAUACAAUUCUACUUUAGUACAGUCCCAUACAUUUAACAAUGUAUUUUUAAAGGCUAUUUUUCUAUUACCAAAAAAAAAAAAGCAAAAUAAAAUAUUUUUUAAUUUCCCAAUGUUAUUUAGCUAUUUAGCAACUUUUCUGUUUCCUUCUGCUGAAACAGAGGUAACAAGUAAAGCUGCUAUUUCUAUACAAAGCAUAAAAUUAAACUUUAUACUAAGUAAGGAUAUGAAGUCAUUUUUAAACUAUAUUUCUAAUAUAUUGCAAAUGUAUUACUAUUUGAAUUGUAAAUUAUUUAUUUCUGAUGUUUUUUACCAGCUGUUAUUAUAAAAUUAAAAUAGAAUCUAGGUUUUGAGAGCAAGCUUCUUUCCCACUUAAUUCGUACUCCCAUGCCACUCAUGAAUGGAAUGAUGGUUGCCUGCAUCCUUAGCCAUCAUGUACACUUUUCUCUUAGCCUGGAAAGAAAGUUUGAAAAUUUUCAGAUAUUUCAUAAUGAACUUAUCAAAAUUAGUUUGGGAAUCCAGCCUCAACAGCCAGGGAUACGCGGCAUAAAGUCAGCUAGUGCUCUGCUGAAAUAGCAACAGGAGUGAGAAAAGGGGUCCAUGUAGUUGGAAAGCAACUGCGGAAAGAGUCAGGAUUCCUCCUACCACAUGUAACUGAAGGCAAAAUCAAAAUGGUAGUGGAAUGGCUGUGUACUUAUGGCCCUUCCUUCCUGAAGCAAAAGUUUAAUUUACUCCAUCGAAGUAUGAACAAGUAAGCCAUGGCUAAUUAAAGCUAGGUCAAGUAUUUAGCCAACACCACUAGCUUCAGUGGGAAUUGGAAGCAUAAGGUAAGGGAAAUUGUACUGCACAUGUGAUGGAAAGUAUAUUUAUCAUAGAUGAGCUCUCUUCUUUUGUCCUUUCUGAACAGUGUCAUAUUUCUCAGCUUUUUCUGAUUUUAUGCACUGAGCCAGCCUUCCUGCAGUAUCAGGUAAACAGUUGCAGAGCCAGCCAAAACAGACCCUCUGAUUUUGAAGGUCCGCAAAAAAAAAAAAAAAAAAAAAAAAAAAAAAAAAAGUCUUAGUUGGCAAAUCAAAUUCUCAUACGAUACUUCCAUGCAAUGGAACUGCUCAAGUACAGAUUGGUCAAGCUGUCUAGCCCGUUCACUGGCUGGACUUUAGAAUUUAACGAUCUGUGUGUAUAUGAACAUGUAUGCUAGUGGAUACUGUAACAUUUACUUUAGGCAUCAAAUUUGAAGUCUGUGACCUCUAUACCUGCAAUUUACUUCCCCUUUCUAGAGGCUGAUUGGAGCAGUCUGGAUGCUCUGCUGAAUGCACAGUGAGGGAUCUUAGAUUCUUAAUUCAGCCACUCAGUUCAUUGCUUGAAGACAUGAAGUGGCUACUUCAGAGAGCAGCCAAACAUAACAUUUUGUUUAAUUACAGGUAACAGGACAAUUUUACUGUAGCAUUUGUGGUAUAUCUUACAAAUUUUCUAGAUGCUAAAAGUACUGCAAAGAAACUAUCAAGUUAUCAGUCAAAACUGGAAUGUUUUACAGGACAGCAAUCUGUGUGUCCAUGUGUGUAAGCUGAUAGUAUACUGUGUGACAAUGCUUAAUUCUUCUGACUGAAUGCUUCACUUUUCUGACUGAAUCAGACAAGCCAGUCUGAAUCAGACACGUUCUUUCUUUACACAGACAGUCAUAUCUGAGCCAAGCAGUUGCUUUCUACUCCUAACAGCAUGCAUAAGGACAUGCUGCUGCCGGCCUUUAGCAUGCCUCUGGUGUUCUAUAGAGACUAUAGAAUCUUAUCAAGCUACAGCCUAAAGAUUUUCUUUACAGAGUGGAUUACUUAUGGUAACUUACAAGUGGCUACAGAGAUGCUACAAACCAAAGCAAAGGUGGGAUAACGUGUCAGCAGCAGACUGUUGCUGUCACAGUUUAUUUUGGACCAGAGGAAGACUGGCACAACUUUGAGCAGAUUUUAAGUGUAUUAUUGAUCCCAACUAAAUGGAAGUAUCUAUACAUGUACCUGGUUGCUAAGUUUUUAUUGUAGAUCAUGGAGUCUAGAGCAUGAUUUGCCUGUCAGAAUACAAGUGUGUGCUUUAGGAAGAGAUGAGUCAUACUCUAAACUCCAUCGACUGUUACUAAGUUUGUCUAUCCUAGCUUGCUCUAAUAGAGAAGUAUGACCUCUAGUCCAAAAAUGAGAAUUUAAAUAAUGUUUAAUCAAAUAUUUCCUAUGUUGACAUUGCUUAAAUUGAAAAAUAUGGGCUGUAUUAAUAUUGUGGGUUAUGUCCAAUUCUGUGGCAGCUGAUAGGUCCCAGGAACAUCAGUAACUUUAACACCCUGAGUUCAUAAAACCAAAAAGAUCAGCUUUUCAGAGGACCUUUAAUUUAUAUGCACAUGCAAACUGCAAGUUGCCAGAAGGAAAGAAACAAGAAAAAAUCAGUAUUAUUGAAUGAAAAAACAGGAUUUCAAGAUAUCAAAAAGAAGGUAAAUCCACAAAUUCUCCCUCAGAAAGAGAACUGAGUGAAAGUGUUUCUAUAUGCCUAGCCAUAAACUGGUAAUGAAACUGCAAAAUACCUGCAGGCAUAAAUUAUAUUAUGAGGCAUAGAUUCUUUCCCAUCUUUGCCAAUGAAAGUCUCAUGAUGCCAAAUCAUCAUGGCUUUCUGUGAAAACAGAAAUUCAGCCCAAGUAGAAAAGGUGUAUUUUUUGGUUGCUUGGAUGUAGCUUAGCUUUUUGAGGGAUUUGCUAGCUAAAUAGAAUUUUAAAACAUUUUUCAUAAAUGUGUUUCAUCCUUUAAGCUGAACAAAUGUGCAGUUUGAUUAUUUUCCAUUUUGAUGCACUUUUAUUUUCCAAAACACCCUGUUACUUCCCAGGUGGGAGUAAUACCUUCUGAAAGUGGCCUUUAACAUCCAAACUGUACUUUUGCACAUCAAAAGAGAAUAAACUAGUGUCCUGUGAAAUCAGGAUAACCAUCAGCUAAGUUUGAGGGCCUUUGGAUGUUCAAAUACUUCAUUGUCUUGUUUGCAACUUUAGUUUUUAUUACAGCUCUUAGCUUUUAAGUAGGAAAUAGAUGAGAUUUUGUAGCAAUUGUACUCAGUGGAUUCUUGUAAAGUUAUGAUACAUCAGUGGGGAUAACAAGCACAUGACACCUCUUUUGAUAUACAGUGAUGAAGUAUGUAACAUAAUUUACCCCAGGAACAGGGAUUGUCUCGCUAGGUCUCAUACCAUUAGUUAAACUUCUCACAUGGAUUUAUGUUUGAAUGAUGCUUUCAAAGUUAGAUCUAUAUAUGUGUCUCUUACAGCGUGAACUACCUAUUAGUAACAUAAAAGUCCUAAAAGGCUCUUCAGAAGUAAUUCAUUUUAUAAAUUCAUAAAAUGUAAUAUAUAUAUAUUUCAAUUAAAUACCUUUCCUUUGGACUCAGAAUAAUUUUAUGUACAGUUUUUCUUCAGUUUUGAGAAAUAGAACUCAUUAUUUUAAAUUUUCUAAUUAAACUUUUUCCUUUAGCAAAGACAUAUUUAAUGUGUAUUUUUAGUAUUUCAAUAUAAUGUUCCUGACUCUUAAAGAAAUAUGAUUUACUGAGGUGGGGCAUGUGCUGCCAAAACUUACUUUCACGUAAAAUACAGGUUUGAAGAAUGGUCUUAAUGAUACUAUGUAACUACAAAGGAUUAUUUAAUAAAAAUGCAGUAAACAGACCUUAUAGAAUACUAAUAAGUGGGUGUACAUGUUUAUGGAACAAACUGAAACACAAAUAUGUAGUGAUAAGUGGUUUAUGUUAAAGCAGUGAACUCUGUGGUAUAUCUGUUUAUGUGUAUAUGUUUAGAUGGCUGGAAAAUCUAUAGUUGCUUUAAAUGUCAUUUAAGUAUUUAAAGUGUAGUAACAGUAGAUGUUAAAAAUGAGUAAGAACCAUUUUAUUUGUGAUCUAUGGAGCACUGUAUAUGUGCAGCUCACAUACAAGCCUGUAAAUGUGUUUGAUAAUUUCUCAUUAACCAUAAACAAUUUGAAAGUGUUGUGCAAGGAAACCAAAGUCAUCUAAGCCAGUUAAUGAAUAUUAGACAUCUUCUAAAAGCCAUAAAGACAAAUGAAAUGAAAGCGUCAUGAGAUCAGGCACCAUAUUCUUAAAGAAUCGCUACCUCAGAUGUUGUUUAUUUUUGCUCCCUUUAAAAAGGCAGAAAAAAAGCAUUUUACUUUGUGUGUCAAAAUGCAGAUUCUUUUCUAAAAACGUAUUUGUAAUUUUCAAAUUGUUUCUCUUAACUAACAGCUUGUCAUGGAAUCAUCACUUGUAUUGCUCUAGUAGUAGUAGGAUGGGAUAUUAGACAUUUGUAUCCAAAUAUGUUUUUAUGUGAAAAAAUAACAAAGAAGUUUCCAUCUUUUAGGGAAAGCCAUACUGACCAGCUUGGCAGUUUCUAUUUUCCUAAAGCAUCAGUCCCUUUUCUGCUUUUUGCUACUGCCUGCGUGCCCAGCUUGCUAGGACUGAAUGAGCUGAGUUCUCAGAGGUGGUCUGAUUUUGGAACUCACCAGUGGGAACUAAGCAUUUAUCAGUACUUACUACUUAGAAAGACCUGUUUUCAGUUGCUUCUGAGAAGUUAAUCUUCAAACGCUGCUCCUAAAUGAGUGAAAAUGGAGACACACAGAGAAAAUGGAGAAAUACUCCUAUUCUCAACUAUCUUAAACCCUCAUACCGUGUCACUGACUUCCUUCAGACUCUAGUGCCUAUGGGUGUGGACAGAUGGACUGAAUUACACUGAGCUGGAACAAUCUUUUGGCUCUGCCUUGAAAACCCUUUUGAAAUAAAUGAAAAAUUAUUUUCAUCUUUCCAGUGUACGUCAAGCAGGAGAUUAAAGAUAAACUGCAUGUGGCAGAAUGGAAGAGGAGCACAGUCACAAUGAACCCUACAGGAAGGUGCACAGGUAGUUGAGAAAUCAGAGUGGGCAAACAUGCAUAUUGACCGUGGUUGAAAAAAAAAGGAGGGAGAACAGAAAAUGAAAGCAAAAGAAUCAAAUGUAAGAGUAGAUAGGAAAAAAUCAGAAAUGGUAGAGUAAUAAAUGAGUUUUUAAGAAAAAAAAAAAAAUAUAUAUAUAUAUAUAUAUAUAUAUAUAUCAAAAGUGGGAAUACGUACAGUUGCUUGAGAUAGUCCACAAAAACUGUAAUGCCUUAUUAAGUACUAACCAGUCAUCAAGAUGCUGAAAUUGUCUACUACAGAUCAGCUGUUAGAUAAAAGCUGAAAAAGACUUAUACAUGAGAGUUCAUUCCAUUUAUAUUAAUUACAGGAUUUUCUUACAAGUAUCUGAUAUUGGCCCCUAGCAAACAACGCUUAAGCAGCUAUACCCCCCAUCUAAUCUGCUGUUGCAUUUCCUACAGCCCUAAGGAAAAAAUCAACAAAAAUACCACACGUACCACAUGGUUUUUAAAAGCUACAUUCAAUUCAUUUUUUCGGAUAGAUUUAUGAAUGAGAUUUUUUUAUCCUUUUACAUUGUCUCACACAUACAUCUGUCAUUCUUAAGCAUUCUUCUAUUUUCUAUUUAUUAAAGGCAAUGCAGUGAUCUGGAAACACCAAGAGACAAUGUUUUGUGGAUAGUAGUAAAUGGUCUCUUGACAUUUCUGGGCAUUGUAUAGUUCAUACCUGUGACAAUAUUAACAGAUAUGACAAUACAUGACAAUAUACCAGUUGACAUUUUCCUUAAUUACAAAGUCCAUGUCUUGGUGAUAAAUUCUAGAAUUUCCAAGACAGACUUAAAAUACAUUUCUCCCAUUUAAGCUAAGUUUUUAAGAGAAACUACUGCAUCUAUCAAAAGUAAUUCAAGAAAUAACUUAGUUAUUUGUGCUGUGUCUUGCAGUGCUGAUAGGCUUUUAGCUGGAUUUAUACUCAAGACAUCAGUACACAGAGAAGUUAGAAAUAAGGAAGUCUUUUUUCACAUCUUCCACUUUUAUUUUCAGAAGAGUUAACAUUCUGUUCUGUUCUGUUCUGUGAUGGUGCUGGUCUUGGACUUUAUUUGACAAUCUUAUUUUUGGACAACACCACUUCUAUUUUAGAGAGCUGCUGAGUACAUUCACCUCAUUUUGACAUCAAUAAAAAUGUACAGAUUUUACUUUACUUCCUACAAAGAUUGUAAUGGUCAGUUUUAUAGAUAUAGCACUGAAUAGAAUUUUUAGAGGAUGCUGGAAAUCUUUGUAGAUAUCAGUAGCAGAAAAUAUCCCUUGAGUAGAACAGAAAACUACACAUGUCUAAGAAUACGCAGAUUUUUCUAUAGAAUACAGGUGGAAGUAUAAUGAUGUCAAACCAAGUUUUAAUAUUCAUAAUGCUGUAGAUAGAGUACUCUGAAUUCUCAUCCCCAUGUCCUUCACUCCAAAAAGAAGAGGAAACUACUGCUCAGAUACACUGAGAAGGGACCUCCUGGGCUGCUAUACUGUUGCUCAUUUUUCAUCUCAGAAAGUAAUUUUUUAUUCUGACGUCAAAUACCAUUCUUCAUCUGGAAUAACACAACCAUCGGUUUCAUAUAUGCUAUAUUCAUUUAUAUUGCUCAUAGAUACUCAGCAACAUUUGAGCUUCUCAAAUCUUUAUAUUGUGCUCCACAUAUUUAUUUUUUUUUAGUCUGUGUAUAACAGAAAUACUGGGGAUGCUGCUCUGAAAAAGUACUGCCAAGGGAAGAAAAAAAAAAAAAAAGAAGAAGAACUAAAAAGCCACUAAUAAUUUGUAUUUGUUCAAAUUUCUGGCAGGCUGUUAAAUGCAGGAGAAAGUCUCUAGAAUUUCCUUGCCUUUGAUAAUGCCAGCAGAUCUCUCAAAGAAACUUAUUUAUAAUUUGAAUUGCACGUUCUGAAUAGUAUGCACAACAAACAAGAUAAUUCCCAAUCAAGAAAGAGAUCAUCCAUAUUUAAAGCAUUUUUUUUUUCCAUUUGCAUAAACCAAUUCAUUGCUAGCCUUGCAAUAAAAGCUAGGCAUUUCCAUUACAUUUUCAGAAUUUGUAUGCAAUCUGGAACAUCCAAGUUAUUGUAGUGUCAUUGCUUUAGCAACAGAAUGACUUGAAGCACAAUUAUUCUAUGAACCAGAUCCAAAUGUUUUGUAAAUUUCUAAAAUUUUAGAAAUUAUAGAAAGUAGAUUUCAUAUUAGUAUGUACAUUGGUUGGAGCGUACUGGUACAAAAAUAGUUGCUCAGGAAUUCUUCAUUGUUUCUAAGUGUAUUUGAAGGAAAAUGCUUUAAAGGUAUGUAUUUUUUAAGUUCUUAAUAUCGAAACUGCUGGCUUUAAUAAAAUCUGUUAGCAAUUUCACUUGUAAGAUCAAUAUUGUUACUGAAGUCUGUAGCUUUCUGGUGGACUUUUCUAUAUUGUCAUUGUAAAAUCUCUCUGCAAUGAUGUUCGCAUUUCAAUUUAAUAAAAGUUCUUGAAUAAUA